UUCGUGCUCUUUAGUUAAAAUUUAUCACUGGUCGCAUUCACUUCUCAUCUGAGUUACUUAGUAAAAAAAAAAAGUUAUUAUGAAGCUUUUGGUAUUGUGUGUAAUGCUUAUUGGCUUGAUUGUCAGCUGCUUUGCGUUCAAAAAUGAUGUGUGCAGUCAGCCCCAUUCCCGAAAUGGCGACGGACGAAUUUCAUGUGAGGCUUAUAUACCCAGGUGGAGCUUCGAUGCGGCUGCUAACGAAUGCGUUAAGUUCAUCUAUGGAGGCUGUGGAGGCAAUGACAAUAGCUUUGGCACCAAGGAGCUCUGUGAGGAGAAGUGCUUGGAAUAAACGGCCAUUACUCACUGAAUGAUAGGUCAACAUAGGAAAACAAGAAUCCAAUUUAAGCUCUGAUAUUGAUUUGAUUAAAAUAAUUCCGUUUAAAAACUA